AGUAUCUCACGAGUAUAUUGGGAAUAAAGAUUUGAAACGCGUCCAUCGCACCUGUACCACUAACGAAGCGCAUGACUGCGAUUGUGAGAGUGAGACCGAUAUUUCAGCGAGGUUGCUGAUUCGUCAGACUGCGUCAGACGACUUGGUAUCGUCAUCGACGUAUAAAAUUAAAAGGGAACAGAGCAUUUCAGAAUUUCUAAGUUGUACACACACUCAGGGACUGGGUGUUUCUGCAAUUGCAAGGUUGUUUUCGUUUUCAUUGACCAAACGUUCUUAUAAUUGUUAUAUCUGGUGCGCGAAGUUUAAACAUAAAUUAUGUUAAGUGAAAAUCAAAAUCUUGCUAUGAGCAACUACAUAGAAAAUAUUUCAACCAAUUUAGAAAACAGCAGAAACUGCCUUCGCCGUAUAGCCCGGCACGAUGAUACCGAAUUUUCCAACCAAAGCGUACUAAACGUAAUGGAGAAAUUCGUUAAAACCGUCAAUAAGAUGGAUGAAACCAUACUAGUGCCUUGUCGGCUAAUGGAUCUGAAGGUUGGAGAUGAACAAGAUCCAGCCGGACAGAAUCCAAAGACAAAAUCCUCUCAUUCAGUACAUCAACUUCUCAGUUCAACUGAUUUAUUUGAAAUUUAUAAUAUGCUGAAUGGUGUGAAAGAGUCUCUUCUAUGGGGAGGACAAGGCGAAGUCCCAGAACCCGUAAAACCUUCAGGAAAUGCUCCGGCAACUUCAGUAACUACUCCAAUGGUCAAGGGCCACAUUCGUAGACCCUCUUCUGUUAGUGUGACUUCCACGAACUCAUCAUCAACUCUCAGUGACACAGAUUCAGAAUCUGGAAGCAACGAAAUCGAUUCAGGAAUCGACGAAACUUCUCUAGAAGAAGGAAAAGUCGAACGAAUUGCUCAGGAUUUCAAACGACACCUUCAUGGCCUCACAAGUUCCUUGCGACACAUGACCGAAGCUGCACAGUACCUAACUUGGCGUUACCAAUAUGAUAUUGGAGGUCCAGUUUAACACGCUUUUUGUUUUAGGUCAAUGAACUGAUAUUUUAUAUUAGGUAUAGUUAAUUUUUGGAUACAGGGCGACUCAUAGAUAUUUUGCGGGUGUUCAAGCCAUAUUUGACACAAAUUUCAACCACGCUUACUCGAUAUUGUGUAUACAAAGUGUAGCAAAUCAUCCAAUCCUUAAUUUUUCUUUCAAAGUAUUGUCAUUAUUAUACUGGCAUACUUAUUAGGACCACUCGAAAAUGCUACUAGUUAUUUUAGUCCAAAACAGGGACUGUCAAACUGUUUUAGACAAAAAAAAACUUUUCCCAAAAUAAACUGAUAGCCCAGUUCAAUACCAAUUUGAAAAAAACAUUUUCGGUUAGGUAUGAUGAUGGAAUUUUUCUGUGUACUCUAUUUCAUACGCUUCCAGAUGUAGUGCUCUGGAGUUCCUUAGUGUUUCACACUUCAAGUGAAUGUGGAAAGAGAUUUCGUCCUCUGUGCAACAAAAUCUGCAUUAUCUGCUAGGUCUAGCGUAUUCAGGUGUCCGUUGAGGCUACUUAGGUUGAUACAUUCAGCAGAUCUACUCUGGUUAUAGUUUUCCAGAAGAGUAUUUGUUUGUCUCAGCACCUAUAGGUUAUCUCAAUAAUUGGUCCUAUCUAUCUUCUUUACCAUUGUUCUGUAGCUGAUACCAUAGAAGGGUUUGGGCUUGUUCCCGCUUUAGCAAACUUAUCGUCUUUUUUUAUUUCUCUUCGCUCUGUUCUAACCGUACUCCAAACCCAGGACCGAAUCGUAUUUUUGUUGAAAACUGAAAGCCUGUUGUGAAGGGAUCACAGAUCUUCAUAAUACGUCAUGUUGUCCAAACCAUGAUAGAUACGCGGGACUGCAUAUUCCUACCACACCCCAAAUGGUAAUCUAUAGAAACUACUUAGUUGGUUUUGCAUACCCGGUAUUAUUUUAAAUAUAAAAAAUGGAUUAAUCAGAACAGUAGUGUUUUAAACUACCCUACAAACGUUGUGAAUAAUUAUAAUUGAAAGCUUAUAUAGCUUAACAGUAUUACCCUUUUUAAUUGAACUAUUUGGGCGAUUCAACAGCGAUCGAUUUAUUUAUAGCACAAGUAAAAAAACCGUCAAAAUCAACGUAUAUAAUUAUAAAACAUAUAGUUUUGUUUUAAGUGCUUCUACACUAGUUUUGUUAGUUUGAAAAUAUGUCUUGUUAUAAUUUUAAACUAUAUUUUUUAUUAGACCAAUUUGUGUCAAAUAUGUGAAUUUAAAAAAGCAGAAAGUGUUGUGACACUCUGUAUAAUGUGGAAAAGUGAUAAUAUUUAUAUACUAAAUUUAUCUAUUUUUGCUCAUAAAUUUACGAAUCUAUUUAUUUUUAAAAUAUUUAGUAUUAUUGUUUAUUUUACCUCUGUAUUGUUUUAAUUUAUAAUAAAUAUUAUUGAGGUUUA